ACAUGAUUUUGUAGUACAGGCCAUUUUCAGCCCUUAUAUGUUUAAUUAAAACAAUAUGAUUUAAGGUCAAACGCUGUUACCGAGUGACACGUCACAUAGUUUACAAACAACUUCGUUAUAAAAUAAUUUGUAUGAAAGGAAGGCCUAAAGAUGUCAAACACAUUUUUAUUGGAGCCAGACAUAAUAGCAGCAGCAGAAAAUGUUAUGCCAGAUCUUAACAAUGAUUUGAUAUUGGCCAAGAAUUUCCUAAAGCAGCAGAGUGCAGCCACUGGAGAUUCCCUAUAUGACCAUUUAGUCGAUGUGGUCCAAAAGAUCCUAUCGCAGAAACCGCCCGAUGUUGUGGACAACUUUGAGCACUACUCCUGGGAAGUCAAGCAGGAGAAGUUUCGGCCCAACUUCGAUUUACUCAACGACAUAUAUUUGUCCCCUCCUCAGCUGGCCACCGUGCGGAGUAUGGAAGAAAUGUUCAGGCUGGUCGCCAGCAAAGCUACUAAGCUGGAUGACCUUGGGGAAGAGGAACAGGAGUUAGACCUUGAGGAAGACAACUACAAGCCGAAGAUACAAGACCUCAUUGAUCACAACUAUUACUUUAGAGAGGCAGGGUAUGGUCUGCCAGCGAGCGAAUGCUACACAGUCUACAUCGCCAUGAUCAUGUUGGGAAUCAAAGAACCAGUUUCAUCUGUCAGAUUUUUCGGUAAGAUCUUCGGGACCAAAGCGAAUUACUACGUCGCAGAAACUGAUCUUACUAUAGAUGAACUGGACAAGCGGAUCAGGGAGUUUGAACUGAAAGACAUGCCCGGGGAGGGCGAGGGCAUGGAUGAGGCGGGAAGCCCUCCCGUUGAGGAACAAGCAGAAGUCAUGCCUGAAGGAGAGGAGAAAGAGGAAGUGCCUAAGGAACCAGUACCUCCGAAGUUGCCUCCGGAGCCACAGAGCACCUGGCAGGCGCCCGCACCCAUACCGGUCGAGAGGCCGGGUCAGGGAGUCAAUAAGAAGGUGUACUGGGUCUGCAAUCGUCCUGGUGAGCAGUGGAUCUGUCUGCCUGACAUCAAGCCUGAUCACAUCCGCGUGGCCAGGCUCUCUGUGCGCUGCAUGACUGGAGACCUUGAAUCUGAGGUGAUAACAUUCCCUCCAUUCGACGGCGUGGAGAAGCACUAUCUUCGCGCUCAGAUAGCUCGCAUUGCUGCUUCCACUUCUAUCUCACCGCAAGGGUUCUUUACCUACGGUUCUGGAGAAGAGGAAGAAGAUCUCAACUUGGAAGAGGGAGGAGGUGACAUGGAAUUUAACCCGAACCCAUACUACCAGGGCCACACGCUGAAAGAUCUCGUGGACUCCAACUUGACGUACUGGGUGCACCACGGACGACAUAUCCUCAAGCAGGGUAGGACCUUGUGGUGGAACCCGAACGCUGGGAUGGACGAGGCUAUCGAGGAAGAAGAGGACGAAGGCCCUCCCCCCGCAGAGCCAGAAGUAGGCCCGUCUCUCUUCACGGCGCUCGCUGAAGACGACAGGAUCGAAGGCCUGAGCGCUUGGAGUACCAGGGUCAGCUCCACCCUGUGCCCUGAUAGAGCUCUCGCCGUCAUCAGGAGUAAUCUGUGGCCGGGAGCUGUGGCUUACGCUUCUACGGGCAAGAAGUCAGAUUGCAUGUACGUGGGUUGGGGCCUGAAGUUCCAGCCGCCGAACUUCUCACCGCUGCAGCUGCCGUUGCCUCAGGACGAGUACCCCAUCGGCCCUGAAGUCAUGGAGAUGGCUGAUCCCACCUUCGCUGAUGAGGAGGCAUACCGCAUCGCUCAUUUACCCCCUCCACCGCCGCCGGAGAUCAUGGGAGAAGGAGAGGGCGGCUUCGGAGAGGAAGUCGAAGAGGAAGACUAAAGUCUACACCUGUAUUAGAGACUUCUUAUAUG